GUAGACUAGAAGAGGAAGAAGAGGAGCUCCUCCUCGCGCAGUUAUGGAACAGGCUCCGGUGUGAUGCAGUGCGGGAAGACGCUCCGGUAAACGGCGUGUAGUGAAGUACAGUUUUGGUGGAAUCCGGAGUUCUGGUGUUUUGUGUCCGACCAUCUCAGAGUUAAGAGGCCUUCCUGUUUACCUAACUGUGUGUUUGUAAGAGAGAGAGAGAGAAAACAAAGCCCUGGCAGCAGCGCACAGCAGAGCAGGCAGAACGCCAACAUGGCCGCAGACGCGUCGGUGAAGCCCUGCCAGAUGGACCGUAGUGGCAGCUUCUUUAAGCUGAUAGACACAUUUUCCACUGAGAUCUCCGAGCUGAAGCAGGAAAUGGUUCAAACAGCUAGAGAGCCAGACACAAAGCUCCUACAAGGUCUUGAGGGGGAGGUGAGUGGUCUGUUCCUGCAGUCGUCAGUCUGCACUGGUGCAGCAGGGGUCCGGGACUCUGGCUAUGACUCUCUACGCCGGCACAUGAGUGUGCUGGACAGACUGACACACACACAUAUGGUCUGGCUUUUACUGUCACUCAGCGAUGAAGAAGCAAAACGCAUCCUGCAGCCUCAGCCACCAGGGACAUUUCUGGUGAGAAGGUCGUCUAAACUCCAGAAGAAGGUGAUUUCCCUGCGUAUGGACACAGACAGUGCUCCAGUAACCGUGAGGGACUUCCCAGUCACAGAAAGCCAGUACACCUUCUCCUUGGAGGGGUCAGGGAUCAGCUUUGCCGAUCUCUUUCGACUGGUGGCUUUUUGCUGCGUAAGCAGAGAUGUUCUUCCGUUUACGCUGAAGCUUCCUGAGGCAAUCUCUGCUGCAAAGACUACUACUGAUCUAGAACAAGUAGCCAAGUUAGGAAUUGGAUUCUGGGACUCUAAGCUGUGUCAAAAGAAGAGCUCUGUGACCGAUGGACCGGCUGUUCCGCAGAGAGUGAAGCAGGCAGGGCAGAGGACAUCCCUUGGAAACAAUUUGACACCUGUCCCACGUACUCGAUCCCCAUCCCAGCUGGAGUGUAGUCAGUCAAACGGGGCUCUGUGCUUUAUUAACCCUCUUUUCCUUCAGACACACCGCUCUGAACGUGCUUCCACAGAGAGUGUCACCUCAGCAGCACCUGGAGAAAACCGUGCACUUUCGCACAGCAGCAGCUCCUCUACUCAGGGCAAAAGCCAUACAGGUCCUCAAAGCAUCCUUCGCCGAUCCAUCAGCAAAGAACUCCCCAAAAACUACGGCGUAAUUACAGGGAAAAGUUCAACCCGCUCCCCUCCACCUCGACCACCCCCUCCCCACACCAGCCCGCGUAGACCAACCGUCCCAGUCAAGCAGAAGAGCAUGCCGGAGACUGGCAUUAGCUGGAUCAAAAUGUCCCCGGAGAAAACUGGCCUGCUGGGGCGCCUGAGUUCCUCGUUCAGCUCCCUCUCGUCCUCGCCCCCCAAGAAGAUCAGCUCACCCAUCCCCAUGCCAUCUUGCCGUGGAAAAAGGGCUCCCAGUAUUCCUGAUGCACUGGAGGACCAGAUCAUAGAGCAGGCAGUAUCUCAGAGCUUGGCCAAGCAGGCGCUGAGAAAUGCAGCCGUGGAAAGCAGAAGCCCGGCAGAGGAGGGCAGCCCCAUGGGGCGAGAGAGACUCAGCGACAUUAGCAUUUCCACAUCCUCCUCUGACUCUCUGGACUACACCCACAGCUUCACAAUGCCAACAGCAGCCAGCCCCUCUAGAGCUGACAGCAGCCUGGAGGAGGAAGAAGAAGAGGAGGAAGAUGAUGGUGUCGGUGUGGAGAGCGAUCAGGAGCUAAGCAUGGAGCCACCCUUCAAGCCCAAGAAGCGGCACAGCGCUGGUACGUUUGUGCUGCCACGGGCACUCAAAGGACAUUUGCGUAAAGUCAGCGGCGUUUUCAACUCACUCAUGACACCUGAGAAAAGAGCAGUCAAAAGGAUUGUAGAGCAGUCCCAGAACAAAGGCACCUACUUCGGCUGCCUGGUGCAGGACUAUGUGAGUUUCAUGCAGGAGAAUUGCAGCUGCCAUGAGUCAGGCCUGGAGCUGCUGCAGACUGUCCGGCAGUUUAUGACUCAAAUGAAAUCCUACCUGCUGCAGAGCUCGGAGCUCAACCCUCCCAUUGAGUCCCUCAUUCCAGAGGACCAGAUUGAUCAGGUCCUGGAGAAGGCCAUGCAUAAGUGCAUCCUGAAGCCGCUGAAGCCUGUGGUGGAGGUGGCUCUGCACAACUUCCAGGUGAGCAGUGGGGUUUGGCAGCAGCUGAAGGAGAACCUGGCUCUGGCCAAAACCAAGCAGCCGCAAGAGAUGGGUGUGGAUGGAGCCAUGCCACCAGACCCUGUAGCCAUAGAGAAGAUUCGUCAUAAGUUCCACAAUAUGAGCAAGAUGUACUCGCCUGAGAAAAAAGUGUCGCUACUGCUCCGUGUCUGCAAGCUGAUUUACACCAUCAUGGAAGACAAUUCAGGGAGAAUGUACGGGGCGGAUGACUUCUUACCCAUGCUGACGUAUGUGUUGGCUCAAUGUGACAUGCCUGAGCUGGACACAGAGAUUCAGUACAUGAUGGAGUUACUGGAUCCCUCUCUGCUGCAUGGAGAAGGUGGAUACUACUUGACUAGUGCAUAUGGAGCCAUGUCUCUCAUUAAAAACUUCCAGGAAGAGCAGGCUGCACGGGUGCUGAGCUCAGAAACUCGUAACACGCUCCACCAGUGGCACCGCAGACGCACAGCUCAGCGCAGCACACCAUCCGUGGACGACUUUCAGAACUACCUAAGAGUGGCACUCCAGGAACCAGACAGUGGUUGUACAGCUAAAACUCUGCAGGUGCGACCAUACGCCACCACAGAGGAGGUGUGUCAGUUAUGUGCUGAAAAGUUCAAGGUGCAUGACCCUGACAACCAUGCCCUGUUCCUGCUGACAGAGGAGAGCACCCAGCAGCUGGCCCCGGACACACACCCACAAAAGAUCAAAGCAGAGCUGCACAGUCGCCCACAGAGUCAGACAUUUUACUUCGUUUACCGCCGGAUCCAGAACCUCAACCUCACUGCACCAGCAAACGAAUUCAAUGGCAACUCGGUGCCUAUCUGAGCCUGAAGCCUCGGAGUCAUGCAUUUCCUCUCUUAUCUAAUUACUGCAAGUUUUUUGUUGUUGUUGUUGUUGUUUUUUUUACCUCAGCACUACAAAGCUAUCUGUGCUGUUUUGAAAAUGUUUGCAUCUGAAGGAAACGGAAAAUGAUGCUGGGCCCUGAGGAAAGAAGGAAGGAAGGAUGUGUCUGACAGAUGCUGCAUUUUCAGCUCUUUUUUUUUUUUUGUCUUUUUUUAAUCUUUUGGGAACUGGAACGUGAGCAUCACAUUUGAGGAAGUUACUUUUGUAUACGAUACAAAAGAUUUAGGCAAGAGGGCUAAUGGGAAUGUUCAGCAUGAAUGUGCAUGUUCAUAAUGGAGCGAGGCCUGUUUAAUAGAUGUUUAAAAUGUUUCUAUGCUGAGGAUUUUCUAUACUGCUUCAGUAUAAAUAAUGCAGUGCUCUGUACGACUGCUCUUUUUUUUAAAGGGCAAAAUGUACUGGAUAGAUUUUAAAUAGCCUGCUAAUGCUCAUAAUAGUGGCUGGCUUCAGGAAGGUGCUUGACCCAUAGUCCGACGUGUCAUGUAAUAUGAGCAACUCCACUGCCAUAGACAUGGAAGAACAGAUAUCUAUAUCAGACAGUACACUUUGCAUUUUUAUAUACUGAACACCUAAUUGUUAACAUUUUUAAAAUGUUUUUUUAAUGCAGUUGCUGGUAAACUGCUUUCUUUUUUAUGUAUGAAAAAUCAUUAGUAUAAUAAUGCAUGCAUUUGUUGGUUAAGAUUAUCAACUAAGAACCAGGCACUGUUGCCAGUGAUGUUUUAUCAUAUGCAUAUUUGUAUGAAUGAAGUCAUGUGAGUCAGCGCUGGUAGUCAAUCAGUAAUCCAUAAACAUGUUUAUUCUCCUGUCCCUGUUAAUUUAUAAAAGCAUUUUUGAAUGAAGAUAUCUAUAAAUAAACUCUUGAAUCCAAGUUGUAGAGAAUACUGUACUACUGACAAGCUAUAGGCUUGUGUGUGAAUAAUUCUGAGCUGCAUCUUCGUGGUUUAUGGUCCUUGCUGGCAAGUUUCUGAAAGUAUGCAGUGGGACAGGAACGUUGUUUGAAAGUGAACAUGUUACAGGAGUGGAAUGGAAUAUUCAGCAGAAAAAUCAGGAAGGGUUAGCUGGAAAGUCAUAAAAGAAUGGAAGAACAUUCAUUGGAAGAACAUCUCAAGCAGUGAAUUUCAUACAUUUUACUGUAAAUUCUGAUCAGGUAACAUUUGACUAAAUUGUGUGUGGGGGGGUUGUUUGUUUAUUUGUUUUUGUUUUGUUUAUCAUAAGUGUAUGCCUAACUACAACCCCGAUUCCAAAAAAGUUGGGACAAAGUACAAAUUGUAAAUAAAAACGGAAUGCAAUGAUGUGGAAGUUUCAAAAUUCCAUAUUUUAUUCAGAAUAGAACAUAGAUGACAUAUCAAAUGUUUAAACUGAGAAAAUGUAUCAUUUAAAGAGAAAAAUUAGGUGAUUUUAAAUUUCAUGACAACAGCACAUCUCAAAAAAGUUGGGACAAGGCCAUGUUUCCCACUGUGAGACAUCCCCUUUUCUCUUUACAACAGUCUGUAAACGUCUGGGGACUGAGGAGACAAGUUGCUCAAGUUUAGGGAUAGGAAUGUUAACCCAUUCUUGUCUAAUGUAGGAUUCUAGUUGCUCAACUGUCUUAGGUUUUUUUUGUCGUAUCUUCCGUUUUAUGAUGCGCCAAAUGUUUUCUGUGGGUGAAAGAUCUGGACUGCAGGUUGGCCAGUUCAGUACCCGGACCCUUCUUCUACACAGCCAUGAUGCUGUAAUUGAUGCAGUAUAUGGUUUGGCAUUGUCAUGUUGGAAAAUGCAAGGUCUUCCCUGAAAGAGACGUCGUCUGGAUGGGAGCAUAUGUUGCUCUAGAACCUGGAUAUACCUUUCAGCAUUGAUGGUGUCUUUCCAGAUGUGUAAGCUGCCCAUGCCACAUGCAAUAAUGCAACCCCAUACCAUCAGAGAUGCAGGCUUCUGAACUGAGCGCUGAUAACAACUUGGGUCGUCCUUCUCCUCUUUAGUCCGAAUGACACGGCAUCCCUGAUUUCCAUAAAGAACUUCAAAUUUUGAUUCGUCUGACCACAGAACAGUUUUCCACUUUGCCACAGUCCAUUUUAAACGAGCCUUGGCCCAGAGAAGACGUCUGCGCUUCUGGAUCAUGUUUAGAUACGGCUUCUUCUUUGAACUAUAGAGUUUUAGCUGGCAACGGCGGAUGGCACGGUGAACUGUGUUCACAGAUAAUGUUCUCUGGAAAUAUUCCUGAGCCCAUUUUGUGAUUUCCAAUACAGAAGCAUGCCUAUAUGUAAUGCAGUGCCAUCUAAGGGCCCGAAGAUCAUGGGCACCCAGUAUGGUUUUCCGGCCUUAACCCUUACGCACAGAGAUUCUUCCAGAUUCUUUGAAUCUUUUGAUGAUUUUAUGCACUAUAGAUGAUGAUAUGUUCAAACUCUUUGCAAUUUUACACUGUCGAACUCCUUUCUGAUAUUGUGUGAAUACAAUAUCAGUUUUUGAGAUUUGUAAAUUAUUGCAUUCCGUUUUUAUUUACAAUUUGUACUUUGUCCCAACUUUUUUGGAAUCGGGGUUGUACAAAGAUUGAUAUUUACCAAGUGUGUGAGUUCCUGUUAAAGUGCUGUGCAUUUUUAUGUCUGGACACCGAUGGUAGAGUUGCUAAAGACUGAGACUAGUUCAAUGCAAUACGUUAAGCCCUGUAGCAUUGACAAACAUGUCAUGGCCGUCAGGAAAAACACAUGACGUGAUGAUUAUUAUCUCUUUUUAAGUCUAAAUAUAUCAUGUAAAUGUGAUGUUUAACUCAAUAUUUUAAGGUUGAUAAGUAUAUAUUUAUAUAUGAUCUGUGCUGGGAUUAUCACAGAUUUUUUUUUUUUUUUUGAAAAAAAGAAAACCUCUUAAUUCAAAUGUGUUAAAAUGUAUUAUAUUGCAAAAGUUUCACUCCCAUAAGUGUAAGUUUUGUAUGUGGCAUUUAUUCAUGAACAAUACUAUUUUGCA